UGGAAAAACGGAAUACCUUAAAUGAACCAAGUUACCCUGUAGACCCAGAGACUGGUUUCAGGAAACUCCGAGCUCCCGUAAUUAGACAUUUUAGUAAAUAUUUUGUCAGUUUAAAUACAAGAAAGGUAUUAUUUACUUAUAUACACCGUCAGGGGUUAAAAAAACAAGGAGCACUUCAUCUGAGCGUUACGGUAAUUUGGAUCAAGUGUAGCAUCUUUAUUGGCGCUCCGUUUGACGCUCCAUUGAAAAGGAGGAGGAGGGCAUCUGGAAGCGCGGUGUCUGCAGCAUAAUUAAAACAUGGCGGACUCGGAGGAAUUUAGACUUAAACGUUUAAAGCAUGAGGAGCAGAUGUCCCGGAUGUUCGAUGAAGUGAUGGGGCUGGGAGAGUUUGCAGACUCCUCCAGGGGCUCUGUGGCUUCUUCCAAGAGUGGCGGUCAAACAGAAUCCAAAGGCCCAGAAGAAACUAUAGGACAAGGGGAAAACCAGCAAGUUGAAGACGAUAGCAAUUCAAGCAGACAGGAGAAAAAGACAGAGGGGACGGAAGAGACAAGUCUUCCGCCCAUAGCUGCAUCCUCUUCUAAAAAACCCUCAUUUAAUAUAGUAAGGAGUGAAAGAGGAGGUGGGGGGAGUGGUGGAGCGGCCUUUGAUGAUGCACUGGACGGCCUCCCCUCCUAUGGACCUGAGGAGGAGGAUGAGGACUGGCACUAUGCCCUGCCAAUGGGCUCUCUGGAGGAUGUUGAUGUGGGUAAGGCCAGCAAAAUAAGUAAAGUUGGACAGGAGAACAGUGCUUCCGGGGUCACCCCGUUAGCUGGAAAAGCUGUAGCUGAAGAGGAAGAUCAACAGAAUGAUGGGAGCGCUGAAUCUGCAAACACCUCCCACUCCUCCCAGGACCACACCCAGGACAACAGCAGAGUGUUAGAUGACCAAAACCAGGCGGAGGAGACCCAAGACAGUCAGCAGGAAGAGACAACAGAAAAUGCUAAUCCCGGGGAUCGUAAUCCCCCGUCUCCCAAGACAACCAUUAAAGAUGAGCCAAUUGAUGAAGGCUACGAUGCUGCUUUGCUUCCUCAGACCUCCAGUAAGCAAAUCAAGGAGGAGCUGGAACAAGAGGAAGAGCUGAGGAUCAGCUCGGUCUACUCUGUAGGAGGAGGAAACAGCUUCACGUCUUCUUCCGUGCCUGCAGUCAUUUCAGCCCCAACCCCGACGCAUAUUUUAAUCCCUGGUAGAGGGGCGGUUCUCCAGGCCAUGGCUUCCCUCCCAGUUAGGCCACAGCUUCCAGUACAAUCUUCGAUACCCACUUUGACGGCGUUCCCGCCACGCCCUCCACCACCUGCCGUUCCUGGCAGCGUUCGCUGCAGCGGCUGUGCCAAGGUUUUGCUGAAAGGACAAACGGCUUUCCAAAGAAAAGGCUCAACGCAGCUCUUUUGCUCCACGGUCUGUCUGACAGGCCAUCUUCCACCAAUUGCUAAGGUUCGAACGUGUGUCCAAUGCAACAGGGAGAUAGUUCAGCCCAGAGACAUGGUCACAGUCCCAGCAGAAGACGGCACAAUCAUGCCUUUUUGUGGCCAGUUUUGCCUGUCUGUAUUCAGACACAAGAAGAAACACGGGGAUAAAGUAUUAACUGAUAAACGCAAUGAGAGGAAGCCUGAGAAGCCACCUGAAAAACCAGUAGAACGUCUGCCUGAAAAACCCUCCUGUAGUAUCUGCAAAAUCACCAACAAGCAAAUUGAGCAUGAGGUCACCCAUCAAGGAAAAUUGCACCGACUCUGCAGCGACUCCUGUUUUCUGACCUGGCGCAAACUGCGUCAGGUGGCCAUGAACUGCUGCGAAGGCUGCGGACUUUACUGCAGCAGCAAGUCUGGUUCCUGUCAAACGCUGACGAUUGAAAAAUCUCAGCUCAACUUCUGCAGCUCCACCUGCAUUGGCACCUUUAAACAGACAUGCAGAAAGUCUACAGAGUGUGCCAACUGUCGCAAGACAGCUGUGGUUUCCUCUACCAUCAUGGAGCGGGACCAAAAGGGUAAAGUUCAGCUGUACUGCUCUAAUGCAUGUGUGGAACAGAGUCACCCGGCCCAGCAUAACCUCACAGGUACUCCUUUCCCUUGCGGUCAGUGUAAAGUUCCUGCGGUUCCUCAGUACCAUCUCGCCAUGGUGGACGGCACCAUUCGGAACUUCUGUUCCUUAGCCUGUGUGACCACAUUUAGGAAAUCUUCCCUUUCAUCUCAGCCUGAUCUGACCAAUGGAACCGCCUCUCUCAGGGAUCCUCCCAGUAAAGAUCUUCCGAAGCCAGGAACCUCUACUGCAGCCACCGGAGCCACAUCAGUCCCCCCCAUUCCUCAGGAUUACUCCUCCUCAGUCCCGUACCCUGGACACCAUACCAGCCACACAUCAGUGCCCCCACUAGUGCCUCCUCAAUCGGCCGUGUCCACUCCUACUGUCCCUGGACAGGCCCAAGCUAGAUCCCCCCUGGAGCAGCCUCUUAAACCAGUGGAGGAUGGGCUCAGUGAUGCCGUCAAACUCACCUGCUAUCAGUGCAGCAAAAAGUUCAGCAGCAAGCCACUACUUCUCACCCACCAGGGUCGUAUUUCUUUGUUCUGCAGUAAAGGGUGCUGUGAUCAGUAUAACAUCCAGAAAAAUGUCCUCACCAUGUGCAGCUGCUGCAAAGAGGAAAAGAUCCUCUAUGAGGUCACCAACCUCGGUCCACAGGAUGUGUUCUUUUGCAGCGAAAAUUGCAAACAGACCUUCAAACAGGAUCGCUCCCUGCGUCCCUGCUCCUACUGCUGUAGCCUCGGACAGAAGAUGAUGAUCAGUCACUAUGGAGGGAAGAUCGAGGAGUUCUGCAAACCUCACUGCAUGUCCCAGUACACCGUGCUUUACUAUGGAAUGGGUCGGUGCGAUGGCUGCAGGAAGCAGGGGUACAUGAACGAGAAGCUGCAUUGCUUGGGCUCGGUCUGUAACUUCUGCAACAUGUCCUGCCUGCUGCAGUACUGCUCCCUUCACUUCGAAACAGGUCAACACACUACCAGCACCAACGGCACAGCAACUGCCCCACCUGUGCCAUCCGCUCCAGUGCAACCUCAUCACUCCACGAAGAUGAAUCCCGUCAUCGCAGAUGUCGUCUCCUUAGCCAACGGUUCAGCCUCUCAGCCCAGUGGGUCGGCAGAUGCAGCUCUGACCGGAGAGCUUCCAACCUCCAGCGUAGAUGGAAAGAACCUCGAUCACGCCAGCACACAGACUGACGCCAUGCGUGCGCCGGCGCCACGCCGCCGACAGAUGAAGAACAAGUCUGUUCUGUGCCGACCUUUCACUGUGGACCAGGAAAUCAUGUGCGAGCUGCCGUCACCUCCCGCAGAAUCAGAAGCUCUGCUAGAUGGCUCCUUGCAGUCCAACCAACCAUCCAGAUCGCCAACAAGGUCUCCGAAGCUCCAGGGGGAAACCGACCCGAAUAAGCUCACGCCAGCUCGCCUGACGGGGCGCCACUUCCUGGGUAGAAGGGAGGCGGAUUCCAUCUGCAUGGUGUGUUCCCAGCGAAGGAAGAGAAAGCUGGAUGAAGAGGAGGCGGGUCGGAAGAAGCAGAAGAUGGAGGGUGACGGCGGUGAUGAGCCAGAGGAGGAGCGUCACAAUUCUGAUGGCGAGAAGUCUGAAAUAGACUGUGGCAGAAUGGAGAGACAGACACAGUUUUACUGUAAGACAUGUAGUGAAGAGCCCAGCCUUUGCCCUGUGCCUUGUUUUGAACUAUACCACACAGAACCUAACUACGAAGCGCCAGGUGAGCCUACUGAGUAACCAAAAGACUGUAACUUACACCAAUAAACCUGUUUUAAAGCUUAUUGAUGCCGUUUUCAUGUGCUGUCUUCAGUAGUGGGAAUACAUACUGACUUCUGUCAGGGGUUGAGUUUGUUUCUCUCUGCAGCUUCCUGAUCUGCUGCUUUCAGAAGCCUUCCUCCUGCGCUGAAAACUGCAUCUUUAAAUAUUCCAGUUUUCACACUACUCAGUCUGUACUGAUCCCAAAUCACAGUGUAGGCCUGUUUUUUUUUUUCCUUCAUCUUAAAUAUAUUUUAUUUAUAAAUACAGGGAUCCUACAGUUUUGGAAAAUGAGGAAUGUAUUUGUUCAUUUUUUGCAAAAUUCUGCAGUUUGCAGAAUUUUUUCCUCAUGACGCCUCAUUGAAAAUAUGACCAACAAAUUUACUAAAAAAAAAAAAA